UUUCGUAACAUAUGCAAUAUGCAUGUUCCUUUGAUAAUCUGAAGAGCGGUGUCUAGAUAACAUGUAUUGCUAGUCGGUACGCUGCGUUAGGUGAAAGAUUUUUUGUUAUGACUGCCGGUAAUUGAAGUUGAAAAUAGUGUUAUUUAAGAUGUUAAUGCAGUCAUUGGAACGGAUUUGGAAACUUUCCUUGGGAAAAACAACGUCAAACAAAAGAUAUAUUCAUCUUAUUCCAAUGGUUGUUGAGCAAACGGGUAGAGGCGAGCGCGCUUACGAUAUUUUCUCACGGUUAUUAAAGGAACGUAUAGUGUGUGUAAUGGGACCGAUACAUGACGAUCUAAGCUCCUUAGUUGUGGCCCAACUGUUAUUUCUACAAUCAGAAAAUUUUAACAAACCAAUUCAUAUGUACAUUAAUUCUCCUGGCGGAGUUGUAACUGCAGGACUGGCAAUAUAUGAUACAAUGCAGUAUGUAAAACCCCCAAUUUCAACAUGGUGUGUUGGUCAAGCAUGUUCUAUGGGUUCUUUACUGUUAACUGCAGGUACUACAGGGAUGAGAUAUUCCCUCCCCAAUGCUCGGAUCAUGAUACAUCAGCCUUCUGGAGGAGUUCAGGGACAAGCAACGGACAUACAAAUUCAGGCAGAGGAAAUUAUAAAGCUGAAAAAACAAUUGAUAAACAUAUAUGUGAAACAUACGAAACAAUGCUACGAUAAGCUACAACAGGAUAUGGAACGUGAUAACUUUAUGUCUCCAGAAGAAGCAAAAAGGAUAGGUUUAAUUGAUCAUGUUCUGGAACACCCCCCCCAAACGGAGGCAGAGGGGGAAGUUAUGACAACAUUAAAACAUUCAAAUGGGUAAACAUAGAUAAAAAAUUGUACAUAUUAAUAAAGGCUUUUGAGGCGAUAAAACUAUUAUGAUUUUGUAUAUAA